AUGGCACAACGUGGGGAUAAAAGUACCAAGAACGAAAAGAGCGGCUUCUUUCGCAAAAUGUAUACGUCGAUUGGCACUUCAUCGCGACAAUUGGCAGCCAAUCGCCACGAAAAAACACCCCGGCGUGAUAGUACAAGCAGUGGAAAUAGCAGUGGAUACAAUCAAUAUAGUCCUAGUGAUGGCACCAUGACAAAUAGUGGGCACAAUGGGGGUGGUAGUCAUUCAAACCAUGGUAAGCACCACAGCUUUCAUACGCAUAUGCCAUUUUCUCGCGACGAAGCACGUAAUAACACGAAUGAAGCGCAUCAAAGUAUCCUGUCCAAGCGUCCGAGUCUUAUUGUACCAUUCACAAAUCAACAGCAGCUUACCAAUGGUGCACCAGCUAAUCCAACGGAAGGCGUCCAAAAUUAUCUUGAUGACUUUCAGGCUCCUAUUUCCAAGUCAGGCGUGCUAAUUAAACAAGCUAACCACUUUAAAACGUGGAAAAAGCGUCUUAUGGUGCUUAAAGGACACUCUUUGUUUUACUACGUGUCUGGCACGUCAGGUGAAGAUUCAUAUCCGCGAGGAGUGAUUCCACUGCAGGGCGUGCGAAUCACACCGAUCGACUCUGCGCGCUUUAAGCGUCAGAAUUGCUUUGAGAUUUGUCAUCCGGGAUAUCGUCCUAUUUACCUGAUGGCUAAAAGUGAGGCGGAUUUAAGUGUCUGGAUGAGCAGUUUAACAUCAGCUGCGAUGCCUACAACAGCUGAUCGCAAGAUGCUUCUUGUUACGGAGCCGCUGGAAUCGCUCUUUAAUACCCCAGCUUUGGAAGAUGCUGUACCAUAUAAACGGACGUAUUAUUUUCGACAGAAAGUAGCAUUUUGUAUGCCGCGAAAAGAGGAUGCAGGGUAUACAGCGGGUGAACUCUUUGAUCUAAACGAAAAGCGCUUGACAACGCUUUGUGAUCUCAAUAGCUACUGCGAUUCGUUUCCAAUGAUCUUGGACGAUCCGCAGCUUUUUGUGGAAUUGCUACAUGUUGUAGGUUGCUAUAUCUUUCGUCCGUUUGCUCGUCGACAGUCGACGUCGCCUGGCAAUAUUUUUGUUGAAGAGCCGAGCCCCGAAGAGGUGAAUAUGCUUGAGAACCCGAUGGAUAAAUACUCCGAAUAUACGACUGAAGAACAGAUGUGGGGACUACUUUCGGCCUGUUACGAUCUACUGCUGAAAGCAAUUGAACAUAUUGACAAAUUAGAAAAGCAUGUGCGGAAAGAAUUUUUUCCUUUACGGUUCAUCGCACAGCUCGUGAAUUUGUUCAAGUCACCGUCCUUCAAAGAACGACAGGUUUUAAAAGGAGUGCUUCAUCGACUGUACUAUAAACUCACGCAGCGACGGUCAGCAAUUCGAAAGGAAAUUGCCAACACAUUCUACGAGUAUAUUUAUGAGACAUCGAACCACUACGGCGUGGCAGAGCUGCUUGAGAUAUUAGGAAGUAUUGUCAAUGGCUUUGCAUGUCCAAUUAAGCACGAACACGUGGUUCUCUUGGAGAAGGCUUUGAUUCCAUUACACUCUACGCCCGCUUUCAUUUCGUACCAUCAGCAACUCGCGUAUUGCAUGAUUCAGUACGUGUCUAAGGACCACACGCUCUUUACUUCAAUUAUUCGUGGUUUGAUCAAGUACUGGCCGGUGGGUAACUCAUUUAAGGAAGUCGUCUUCAUCGUGGAGUUUGAGGAAAUGCUCGAGCACGUGCUGGCCGAGACGGAUUUUGACUUGAUUUCACCAAAAUUGGCGCGGAGAUUGGGAAAAUGUAUGAUGAGUGAUCAAUUUCAGGUAGCAGAGCGUGCGAUUUUGUGCUGGGGCUCCCCGGCAUGCUUGCGCAUCAUGAAUGAGUACGAAAAUCUGGGUCAAGGCAUGUUUAAUGUGAUUAAGCCGUUCUUACAAGGAGCGGUAACAGGACAUUGGAAUACGCUUAUUCAACAGAAAGCCCAGGAAACGUAUAUUUUGUACUACAAUAUGGGGUACGAUAGUGCUGAUGUUGCAACGACGCUGUCGCCAUUAGUAUCGGAUGAAAAGGGAUUGGAUAGCAGUGCUAAGACGGAGGAAUCCGACCAAGACGAAGAGAUUACUUCUAACGAGGCAAAUCUGUCGAUGUCUGUUCGACUCUCAGCAUCAAAUGCAGUAGAACCAUUAGAUGUAGUGCUGUCCGACGAAGAGGACGAAGAUGAAACGUCAAAAGGAUUCUAA